CAAAAAGUAUAUGCAUUUUGAAAGACCAAGUGGUCCAAACAACAUUCUACCGCUUUGAGGUUCAUUUAAUGGACCAAAAACAACAUGAAGACAAUGCUGCUGCAUCCCUCGAUCUUUGUCCUUGUCUUUCUUUGGAGUCCCCCACCACUUUCCCUGGCUGGGAAGAUCCUAGUGUACCCUGUGGAUGGAAGCCACUGGCUUAACAUGGACAUUCUGCUACGAGAGCUUCAUCAGCGAGGUCACAAACUGACAGUGGUCCGUUCUGCCAACAGUUGGUACAUCCCAGAGAACACCACACACUAUACGCCCAUCACAGUCCAGGUUGAGCACCUCAGCAGCCUGGAGGACCCGGAGUACAUGGCGUCCUUUCUUAAGAGAAACAUUGACAUUCAAAGAGGGAAGGGAUCAGUUUGGUCAUUCAUUGCCCUGCAGAAAGAAAUCAUUACUCUUUUAGAAGAGUCUCACAGGUCUUCUGCUGAGAUGGUGAGGACCAUCCUAGAAGAUAAAAAGCUUAUAAAAACACUCAAAGAGUCCAAGUAUGAUCUGAUGCUAACUGAUCCUGGUUUUGCAGGAGGGGUCAUAUUGGGCGUGCACUUGGGUCUACCAAUGGUGUUCAACGUACGAUGGAUAACAAACGGAGAAGGGCACUUUGCAAUUGCACCCUCACCGCUUUCUUACAUCCCAACUAUCGGAUCCAGGGUGACGGACAAAAUGAGCUUUGCAAAUAAAAUGAAAAAUCUCUUGCAUUUUGGAAUCGGCCAAUAUAUAGACCACAUGCUCACAAGGCCCCUCUAUCAAGGAGUUGUCAGCGAAUACAUAGACCCGAAUUCCAAUGUCUACACUCUGAUCCAAGGAGCAGAUUUGUGGCUCAUGCGAGUCGAUUUUGUUUUCGAGUUCCCUCGUCCUACUAUGCCCAACGUGGUCUACAUUGGAGGCUUCCAGUGCAAACCAUCCAAACCUCUACCAGAUGAAUUGGAGAAGUUUGUCGAGAGUUCUGGAGAGCAUGGGGUGGUGAUCAUGUCUUUGGGUACUCUGCUUGGAAGUCUGGUUCCUGACAUAUCUGAGGUUAUCGCCUCUGCCUUCGCUCGCUUGCCGCAAAAGGUGAUUUGGAGGCAUGUAGGGGAAAAGCCGUCUACGUUGGGGAAAAACACACUCAUAGUGGAAUGGUUGCCUCAGAACGACCUCCUAGGGCAUCCUAAAACGAAAGCUUUCGUUACCCAUGGAGGAACGAAUGGAAUCUAUGAGGCUAUUUACCACAGCGUGCCGAUGCUUGGACUCCCGCUCAUCUUCGACCAAUUCGACAACAUGAUUCGCCUGGACGCCAGAGGGGUGGCUCAAGUGCUUGACGUCGCAGUCCUGGAUGUAGAUACCCUAACGCAAGCCCUGAUGGAUAUCCUGGAUGAAAAUCAACCAUACCAGAAGAACAUGCGCAGAAUGUCAAGUCUACAUCAUGACACACCGCUCAAGCCAAUGGACAGCGCCAUCUUUUGGCUGGAGUUUGUCAUGAGGCAUAAGGGUGCGGCGCAUUUACGCACAGAGUCCUACAAGCUUCCUUGGUAUUCCUACCACUGCGCGGAUGUGAUCAUGCUGAUCGCGAGUUUAUUUACGGCAGUCUGUCUGCUCUUGGUCUUAAUGAGCAGGGCUUUGCUGAAAGUUUUUGUCAGGAAAAGGAAAGCCAAAAAAGAGUGAAGAUCUCUUUGGCAAAAAUUUUUUUAGGCUGAUAUCAUUAAUGUUGCUCUAUGUAAUUUCUGCACUACUUCCAAUGGUUCAAGGUUUGGUUCGUUUGCAUGGGCUUGUUAGCUGUAGAUGCUGUGACUAAACCAUCUGUCUGAGAAACAAAAUUCUUUCUCCAUUCAUAAUUUUGCCAGCAACAUUUAAAUCACAAAAAUAUUGAUAUAUGAAAGAUGAUGUUUUACCAAUGGCCACUUGUGGAAAGGCUUUUAAAAUUGUGAAAUGGACAUUUUCCCAUUUCUUCUGCCUUUCACAGCAAAGUUUAGUCACUAGAGAAGACUGUGAGCACUUUUAUGUUGCCAUCAGCCAAUCAGCAUUGAUCAAUCACGCAUUUAGAUUCAGAUGAUUGGCUCAAAAAAUGGCAGCAGAACUAAGCAUAAGCAAUGGAGAUGAAUAUGAAUGUUAACUUUUUCCAGGUAUUUGUGUUCCUACAGAAUUUCAGUUUCUAAAUGGCUUUUCCAAACCCACCCUUCAUCAGCAAUGGAAAAAAAAGUAGAAG